UAGCGAGUCGGAGUCAGAAAUUAUUCAAAAUUCAAGAUGGCCAUGUGUCACGAUGGUUUCUUGAAUUGGAAUAGUUAACUUUAUUUGUUUUGUGUGAAAAAAGUGCUUUGCCAUGAUGGCUGACUUAAGUGUUGAUAUUUCAAAGUUACCGGACGAGAUAAGAGAUAAAUUAGCGGAGUUAGACUUGGAGUUAUCAGAAGGGGACAUCACACAGAAGGGCUAUGAAAAGAAACGCGCGCGCCUCCUCACACCAUACAUUCCACAACAGCAGCCGCAAGUUGGUAGCCAGCCGCCUCGGGGUCCGCGAGGCGACGGCGGCAGCAGCCGACAGCACACGAGGAACCGACGCACACAUCGCCGCGUCACGCACAAUGAGAAGAGAUACCAUUCAGAAGUGAGACAGGAGGCUGUCCAACAAGCACUUGCUGAGAUGCAGAACAGACCCAAGCCUUCUCUGCCGAUGCCCUCGAAGAGGACGUCCAUGAUGGCUAAGAGCCCUGACAGGGAGAGACAUGACCUCUCCUCAUCAUCCGACGAAGAUUCAUGUGCCGGCGACACGGAGCUGCCGCCGCCGCCGGAGCUGGGCUCGCCCCCGGCUCGCCGCCCCGCAGCUCCCCACCCUCGUGCACAUCCUCAUCCACUGCCACAACCCCAUCAUCUCCGGGAGAAGAAACAUGCUCCGAGGGAUAGAACUGAGAUGCGCGAUCGGACGGAAUUACGUGAUCGCACAGAAUUACGUGAACGUACUGAACUUGAUCUCUCCGAACUUACGCAUUUGCCAGCUUACGUCCAGCCUGAUGUGACUCAUGCUUCAUCAGGCGCACGUCGCGGUGGAGCGCUGGUAGCAGACCGAGUCCAGUGCUACGCUCAGCCCGAGGACACCGGCACCGGCACCGGCCGAUGGAAGGUAAGCGUAUCGGCUAAAAUACAACAACUGCUUAAUACACUGAAGCGCCCAAAGCGCCGCCCACUGCCGGAAUUCUAUGAAGACGACGACAUAGAGCUCGAGCUGGCUGCCAACCCUAAGGAUCCUAAUGCUCCGAAGCCAGAAGGCGGCACCAUGACCCCAGCUGUGGGCGAACAGCUUGUGGUCCCUUCAGGGCUACCUCGCAACCUUGAAGCGGCCCUGCAAAGAUACGGAACAGCUUCUUUCAAAGCUAACGUUGCCACAGUCUUAGAUCCGAACGGGAAACUCAGCAACUCUCUAAAUUAUGGAAAACUGUUAAGUCGAUCAUUAAAGAUCGCUCAUGCUCUGUUGAACAAGACGUUCACCUCGAAGACCAGCAGUGGUGGACCUUUGACAGGAGACAACUCCAUCAAGCCGGGAGAUCGCGUGGCACUAGUUUAUCCGAAUAAUGAUCCCAUAAACUUCAUGUGUGCAUUCUACGGGUGUCUCCAAGCGGGCAUAGUGCCAGUCCCAAUAGAAGUACCGCUGACUCGUCGUGACGCUGGCCUGCAGCAAGUUGGUUUCCUGCUUGGUUCCUGCGGAAUUCAAUAUGCGCUCACUUCCGAUAACUGCCUCAAAGGUCUGCCAAAAACAUCAUCUGGCGAUGUGGUAUCAUUCCGUGGCUGGCCGUCUCUGCAGUGGGUGUCGACUGAGAAGUUGCCGCGACCACCACGGGAUUGGAUCCCUCCCCCAAGACCCGCGGAGGACAGCCCUGCUCAUAUCGAGCAUACUUCAGCUGCUGACGGUUCUGCUAUGGGUGUAAUAGUCACCAGGGCGUCUAUGCUGGCUCACAGCCGCAUGCUGUCGGUGGCGUGCAACUACACGGAGGGGGAGCACAUGGUGUGUGUGCUGGACUUCAAGCGAGAGACCGGCCUGUGGCACGCCGUGCUUGCCAGUGUGCUCAACGGAAUGCACGUCAUCUUCAUUCCGUACGCGCUCAUGAAAGUCAGCCCCGCAUCCUGGAUGCACAUGAUUACUAAAUACAGGGCAUCCGUGGCAAUAGUAAAAUCCCGCGACUUGCACUGGGGUCUGUUGGCCACUCGUGAUCACAAGGAGAUCUCACUGAGCUCCCUGCGUAUGCUGCUCGUCGCCGAUGGUGCCAAUCCGUGGUCUCUGUCUUCUUGCGACCAGUUCUUGUCGGUGUUCCAGAGCAAAGGUGUGCGUGGCGAUGCUAUUUGCCCUUGUGCGUGCAGUAGCGAGUCUCUGACUGUGUGCGUCCGUCGCGCGGGACGCGGCGGUGCCUCGGCCGGCCGUGGAGUUCUCUCCAUGUCUGGUCUAUCGUAUGGAGUAGUUCGCGUCGAUGCUGAGAACUCACUCACUUCACUCACGCUACAAGAUUGCGGACAAGUCAUGCCGUCCUGCGUGAUAGUUGUUGUGAAGAUGGAAGGUCCGUCGUACCUUUGCAAAACUGAUGAAGUCGGAGAAAUUUGCGUGUUGUCUGGUGCAACCGGGUCUGGGUACUGGGGUCUGCCUGGUCUGACCAAUACUGUAUUCCGCGUGCGUCCGCUCGAUGCUGACGGCGAACCCAUCGGAGAAGAACAUUAUGUACGAAGCGGCCUCCUCGGCUUUUUAGGACCUGGCGGUCUUGUAUUUGUGUGCGGUUCACGCGAUGGUCUGAUGACGGUCACUGGUCGCAAGCACAAUAUGGAUGACAUUAUAGCCACCGUGCUGGCAGUAGAACCUAUGAAGUUCAUAUACCGAGGACGUAUCGCCGUCUUCUCCGUACGAGUGCUACGUGAUGAGAGGAUCUGCAUCGUCGCCGAGCAGCGCCCGGACUGUGGCGAAGAGGAGGUACGCUCGUUCCAGUGGAUGUCCCGCGUUCUUCAGGCUGUGGAUUCGAUUCACCAAGUGGGCAUCUAUUGCCUGGCCUUGGUCCAGCCCAACUACCUUCCUAAAACUCCCCUGGGCGGGAUACAUCUUAGCGAAUGCAAGCGUCGCUUCCUUGAAGGCACACUGCACCCAGCCAACGUGCUGAUGUGUCCUCACACUUGCGUCACCAACCUCCCCAAGCCGAGAGAGAUCCAUUCCGAUGUGGGCCCCGCUUCUGUCAUUGUGGGGAACUUAGUGCAGGGCAAUCGCCUUGCUUCCGCUCAAGGACGCGACAUGGGUUACACUGACGAUUCUGAUGCCGCCAGAAAGUAUCAGUUCAUCUCUCAAAUAUUGCGUUGGCGCGCACUGAGCACCUCUGACCACGUGAUUUUCACGUUACUCAAUUCGAAGGGCACUGUUUCCAAGGUCCUUACUUGCGCCGAACUACACAAGAAAGCCGAGAGGAUCGGCAACUUGCUACUGGAGAAAGGACGGGUGAACACAGGCGACCACGUCGCUCUUAUCUUCCCACCGGGACUUGAUCUCAUUUGCGCCUUCUACGGCUGUCUGUACGUCGGCGCGGUCCCAGUCACUAUUCGCCCGCCGCACCCGCAAAACCUGCACACCACGCUGCCCACCGUAAGGAUGAUCGUCGACGUCAGCAAGGCUACGCUAGUCCUCUCCAACCAAUCUGUGAUAAAACUACUGCGCUCCAAGGAAGCCAGUAACGUACUUGAUAGCAAGGCUUGGCCUCUAACCCUCGAUACUGACGAUAUGCCGAAGAAAAAGCUGCCCAUACUGUACCGCGCACCAACUGCUGAAAUGCUCGCUUACCUGGACUUCAGCGUGUCGACGACGGGCAUGCUGGCGGGCAUCAAGAUGUCGCACGCUGCCGUCACCUCGCUCUGCCGCUCGAUGAAGAUCGCUUGCGAACUGUAUCCGUCGCGCCAUAUUGCUCUCUGUCUCGAUCCGUACUGCGGCCUCGGGUUCGCCCUGUGGUGUCUUAGCAGCAUCUACUCGGGCCAUCACUCUAUUCUCAUCCCACCUUCUGAAGUCGAGAUUAACCCCGGACUUUGGCUGAGUGCCGUCUCUCAAUACAAAGUGCGCGACACAUUCUGCUCAUACGGCGUCAUGGAGCUGUGCACCAAAGGCUUGGGUAGCUCUGUCAAUCAACUUAAGGCGAAGGGCAUCAGCCUGGCAUGCGUGAGGACAUGUGUAGUCGUGGCCGAAGAGCGACCUCGUAUCAACUUGACCAAUUCCUUCUCUAAAUUAUUCUCAGCACUCGGUCUUAGUCCCCGCGCUGUGUCUACAUCUUUCGGCUGUCGCGUAAACAUCGCCAUCUGCCUCCAAGGUGCUUCUAGCCCAGAACCUUCUACUGUUUAUGUAGACCUUCGUGCUCUGAGAAACGACCGCGUGUCGCUUGUCGAACGAGGCAGCCCACAUUCGCUCUGCCUUAUGGAAUCCGGCAAAUUGUUGCCUGGAGUAAAAGUGAUUACCGCUAACCCCGAAACUAAGGGCCAAUGUGGCGACUCCCAUUUAGGCGAGAUAUGGGUGCAGUCGCCACACAACGCCAGCGGAUAUUUCACCAUAUACGGAGACGAAAGUGAUUAUGCCGAUCAUUUCAGCGCUCAGCUUGUGACUGGAAAUACGGGCGAAGUGUACGCCCGCACUGGAUAUUUGGGCUUUUUGCGAAGGACGGAGAUAAGCUCGACUAGCCACGUAUCGGACGAUACCUCGAUGAUAACUCGCGACAGCGACACCGAGUCGCUGGCAUCAGCUUGCGGCAGUCUCAACAUCAGCGCGGAGACACACGACACACACGAUGCCGUGUUCGUAGUCGGUGCUCUUGACGAGACUAUCAUGCUGCGCGGUAUGAGAUAUCAUCCCAUUGAUAUUGAAAACUCUGUAAUGAGGUGCCACAAGAAGAUCGCCGAAUGCGCCGUCUUCACUUGGACCAACCUGCUGGUGGUAGUGGUGGAGCUGGACGGCAACGACAGCGAGGCGCUAAACCUGGUGCCACUGGUGACCAACACGGUGCUGGAGGAGCACCACCUCAUCGUUGGCGUGGUAGUAGUCGUCGACCCCGGCGUCGUGCCAAUCAACUCACGCGGAGAGAAGCAGCGCAUGCACCUCCGCGACGGAUUCCUGUCCGACCAGAUCGAUGCAAUUUAUAUAGCCUACAAUAUGUAGGCCUCGAGACCAAGGCGGCCGGCGUCUCAUGCUCAGCCGACCACCUCGUGUUGCCCCAAGUCAACAGGAGCACGACCUAAAGUGACCGCGUCCAACUCAAGGUCCCAUCGUUAAACCAUAAGACGUUCGAGUCAGUGAACCCAACUUCGACUUUUGUUUUAUCUCCCUUCGUGAUUAUGUAAUAACGGAACGGAAGAUCUAAAGACUGCAAAUGCGAAUUAUUUGUAAGCGGUUACGACUUGAUAAGACGAUCUGAAGUCGUAACUAGACUGAUAUAAGUCUGAACUUAGAUUGUUUUACCUUUACCCUAAUCCUCACUCGUAACUGACUCUCAUUUGACAUUAUUCGAUCACUGUAAACGGUCACACAGAUAUUACGACCGAUACCCUCGGCCGCAGGCAUGUGCAAGCGUUCUGAUUAUGCAGUAACUGUAUGCUACGUCUAGAAUAAACAUUACAAUAAAGUCGUCUUGUUGGUUCUUUCUGGAAAGACCUUUUCAAUUUCUCGAUACUUAAUCUAAUACUGAAUUAACCAAAGUUAAAGUUAUUCAGUUCUUAACGUCGACAUCGUUGUAUAGCGCCAUCUAUAAGUACUGCAUUGACUGCAUUUGUAAAACAUCAAACAACGAACUUCAUGCGUUUACCACAAGAUGUUUCUAUGCUCAACGUAUAUUAAUAACUAAUUUUGUACUAUUAUUCAUUUUCAAUAUAAAAUUUACAUCGUCGUUAUAUUAUCUAAAAUUAAUAUCGUCUAAAGAAUUUUAUUUAUAUUAACCUUGGAAAAUAACAUCCAGGAAACUGAUUUAAUAAUUAGUCAAGGUUUUGCCAUAUUUGGGAAUCUAAAAGAUUUCUUAAAAAACAAUUAGACUAAGCCUCAUUUAUGACUGUAUGUGUAUGAAAUGUAUAA